UUCCAGUCAAAGAUUAGAUUAUCACAUUAAGCACUACUAAAAUCAAUCUAAUCAGAGAUGUAUUUGAAAACUACAGCUACAUUGUUGCAGAUGUAGCAGCUCUUGAAUGGAUGGAGAAUUUAAACCGGAAGUACGUUUAUGUUUUCUAUUUAUGGUUUUUGGUGCUGCAUUCAUUCAAAGCCUACGUUUGCAGGCUUGUCUGAAAACGAUGUCUGCAAUGGAGGUCCCAGGACCAGAAAGCGAUUGGAGAAGCCCCGCAUUCCGACAGAAAGUUGUUGCACAAAUUGAAGAGGCGAUGAGAAAGGCUGGGACUGCACACACGAAGUCCAGCAAUGACAUGGAGAAUCAUGUUUAUGUCAAAGCCAAAUCUAGAGAAGAAUACUUGUCCCUGGUUGCAAGGUUGAUCAUUCACUUCAGAGACAUUCAUAAAAAGGCACAAGGAGGAGGUCUGGAUCCCAUGAAUGCCCUGACAAAUCUCACAGGGGUUCCAGGGGGCAUCGCCAUGGGGCCUAGGCCACCUGGUGCACCCAUGGGUGGCAUGGGGACCAUGGGGCAGAUGCAAAUGGGUCAGCAUGCAAUGGCAGGUGUAGCUGGAAAUCCUCAAGCGAGUGAGUGUAUUUCUGAAGCUAUUUAACUUGCUCACGUUAUUCAUGUUUAUUUGAAUGCUGCUGUCUGUUAGCCCACAGAAACAAUUGGAUCAGUAGCCUACUGGUCAUGACAUUUUGAUUUUCGAUCAGGGACCUCCAAACUCAUAUUCCUGUGUCCUCCAUGAGGCUCAGAGCAUGUGAGCAGAGAUGAGUGGGAGCAGAGCGAGGAGCGGAGCGGGCACAAUUUGACUGCAGCUGGGGAAAUGGACGUGGAGCGCUCUGUGUGCAAUGAGCUGGAUUUCCGACCGCUCAACUCGGCUCACAGGAGGUCCAGGGCAGAUGCAGAUGCAGCAGAUUGCCCAGCAGCAGCAGUCCAUUCAGUUCCAGCAGUUCCAGGCACAGCAGCAACAGACAGCCAUGCAACAACAGCAACAGACGGCCAUGCAGCAGCAGCAGCAGCAGACAGCCAUGCAACAACAGACAGCCAUACAGCAGCAGCAGUUUCAGGUCCAGCAGCAGCUGAAGCUGCAACAGUUACAGCAACAACACCAUCAGAACCAACAGCUCCAACAGCAGCACCAAAACCAGCAGCAGCAGCAGGCCCAAAACCAGCAACAACAGAACCAGAUGCACCCAUCAAGGCUCCAGCAACAACAGCAGAUAGUUCAGUUACAACUCCAACAGCAGCAUGCGCAGGCCCAAGCACAAGCGCAGGCCCAAGCACAAGCCCAGGCCCAAGCACAAGCCCAGGCGCAGUCCAUUCAGCACAUGGUCCAGCAGCAGCAGCAGGUUCAGGCCCAGUCUCAGCCCCAGGCGGCCCAGCUACCCCCCCACUCCCAGCAGCAGCAGGGCAUGGUGCCCCAGUCUCUCGCUGGACAGAUGCCCUCCACACAGCACGUGCCCAUCAGCUCGCUCAGUCAGCAGCAGCAGCAGCAACAGCUCAAGAUCCAAGCAUUGCAGGCUAGAGCGAUGCAGCAGCAAGUCCAGCAGGCAGCGCAGCAAGCCCAACAGGCGGCAGCUCAGGCCCAGCUAGCUGCAGCAGUACCUGGACAGAUGAUGAUGCCCCGCCUUGGGAUGCAAAUUCCACCCCGGUUGCCCCGCGCUGCCCCGAACCCCGCCAUACCUCCAAACUCUGCUGCCAUGGGAGGACAGCAAAUACCACAGGUUCAGCAGCACCAGAUGAUGUCAUCGCCCUCGCCGGUACAGGUGCAGACCCCCCAGUCCAUGCCCCCCCCUCCCCAGCCACAGCCAUCCCCACAGCCCCCGUCCUCCCAGCCCAACUCAGUCAGCAGUUCUGGUCCCACACCGUCGCCAGGUGGCUUCCAGCCUAGCCCAUCCCCCCAGCCCUCGCAUAGCCCAGCCACCGCACGCACCCCCCAGAACUAUAGCGUCCCCUCCCCAGGACCCCUCAACACCCCAGGGAACCCCAGUUCAGUGAUGAGUCCAUCCGGGGCCAAUCAGCAGGAGGACCAGCAGUACAUGGAGAAACUCAAACAGCUCUCCAAAUACAUCGAGCCGCUGCGCAGGAUGAUCAACAAGAUAGACAAAAAUGAAGAUAGGAAAAAGGACCUGAGUAAGAUGAAGAGCCUGCUGAACAUUCUCACUGACCCCAACACAAGGUGUCCUCUCAGAACCUUACAGAAGUGUGAGAUAGCACUGGAGAAACUGAAGAAUGAUAUGGCUGUGCCGACGCCUCCCCCUCCACCUGUGCCCUGCACCAAGCAGCAGUACCUGUGCCAGCCCCUCUUGGAUGCCGUCAUGGCAAACAUCCGCUCGCCUGUCUUCAACCAUUCUCUGUAUCGUACCUUCGCCCCAGCCAUGACAGCCAUCCACGGGCCGCCCAUCAUGGGCCCCAUCAUCGCGGCCCGGAAGAGGAAACAUGAGGAGGAUGACCGUCAGACCAUCCCCAACAUCCUGCAGGGGGAGGUGGCCCGUCUUAAUGCCAAGUUCCUGGUCAACCUGGACCCCUCGUUCUGCAGUAACAAUGGCACUGUGCACCUCAUCUGUAAACUAGAUGAUAAGAACCUGCCAAGUGUGCCUCCUCUCCAGCUCAGCAUCCCAGCAGACUACCCAGACCAGAGCCCUCAGUGGGCAGACGACGGGCAAGUGUAUGGUGCUAACCCCUUCCUACAAAACGUUCACAGAAACAUGACCUCCAAGCUCCUACAGCUCCCAGACAAGCACUCAGUGACUGCACUGCUCAAUACUUGGGCCCAGAGUGUCAGACAAGCCUGUCUUUCUGCAGCAUAGACAAGAAGCUCACCUCACCUGUCCAUCAAACCAUGCUGGGUACAACAUAACUUAUCACUAAGACAGUGCAAACUGGAAGGAGUGGGCUACCACAUCUUGGAGCACCAGCUCUUCCCUAUCACUAGGGUGUGCUGCUGAGGGUUCUAUACAAACUGUAUUAUGAGAAGGUCCAUUUGGGAUGAGUUAUGUAAAGAAUUUUGAGUUGCGAAAAUGUAUAACC